AUGGGCGGGAGGAGUCCGGUCCGUGGAAACAUCGGUGGUGGAAAAGGGCCAACCAUUGAAUGCAGCUUAGAGCGUCAACCUUCCGACUUUCAUACAAAAAAGUCAUGGCCAAACGCGAUGUUGGCUGAAUCUAGUUGUGUCUUGGUCACCAGAAGCGCUGACUCAAGCUUAGUCAGCCUAGUCGGGGAGUUCGGCCCGUGGAAAGUAGCCACUGCUUCGGUUUAA